AUGGGAGCUGGGAUACGGUGCGAGAUCGCCCUCCAUCCCUCUGCCUGUGCUGGCCACACCAGAGCCGCUAACUCGGGCUCGGCCCCUGCGUCACCCGCGGCAGAGGGGGCUGGCCGGGGGAAGGGGCGUAGCACUCCCGGCUUUGGGACGGACGAGUCCUCCUGGAGCUUCCAGUCGGGCUGCGCACGGAGGGCAGGCUCUGCCCGGCAGGACAGACGGACAGCGAGCAAGGGCCCCGGCCCAGGUGAGAGGAAGAUGAAGGUCCUGCUGGUGCUGACGAUGCUGUUUGCCUGCAGUGUGUUCACAGCGCACGGGAAGCACCCACGUCCGUUCACACCGGGACUCGAGGGAAGCACCGUGGGAAACCUGACUGCCCAUGGAUGCUACAGGGGAUGGGGCACCUCGAGGGCUUCGGUGGAUCGGUGCUGCCUGCUCCGAGCCUGCUGCUAUGCCAGGCUGGCAGCGCGGCGCUGCCCAGCGGGACCGGCCCAGCCGCUGUCUGCGCCCCGGGCAGGGAUCCCCGCCUGCAGUUCGGGGACGCGCUGCCAGCGAGGCGCCUGCAGGUGCGAGAGGGCGAUGCUGCUGUGCCGGGCUCGCCUGGGCCGGGCUCAGCUCCGCCGCCGCGCCGGGUGCCGGGGACGAGCCGGGCGCUGCUGAGCCGAGAGCUCCCUGUGCGGAACCAUCUCCGGGCUGAUCGGCGAAGGGAUGGAGCCGGCGGCGCCUCCCAGCCCUGCCGAGUCUCCUUCUCGGGGCCUUUGGGCUUCCAGGCCAGGACAGGAGCCCUCCGGGGCAGCCGCAUGCGAGGAGGGGCAGCGGCGCUCCCCGAGGUGCAGCACAGCAAAACAAGGGAGGAGGGGACCCCUGGCCCUGUCCCGGGAUGGGGAGCGUCCCCCGGACAGCCUGUCCGCUCCCUCCGCUUCUGCUUCUCAGCAAAUUCCCUCUGUUGCUCCAAAA